GUUACAAUGCGUUCAAUACUUUUACUGUUUACGUGCCUCUAUACCAUUCAAGUCCAGGGCCAAAAUAAUAUGUGUGAAAUUAGAAAUAUCGGGGAAGCCGAGAAGUUAUUUUUCGACGCAUUUCGGGUGAGUUUCAACAAAGCUGAGAUGUCAACGGAAGCGGCUAGAAUCGCUGCUUGCAUCGAGAAUAAAUCACUGAAGCUAACUGAGAUUCCAGGCUGUCUUAAGCCAAAAUAUUGCUUACUUUGCCGCGGUGCAAUGUACGCCUUAAUAGUCAGCUACAGAUCAAAUUUGGCUGGUGAAUCCCCCCAGGUAACGAUGGGAACCUUGGCUAAAGACUUUGUCUGGUGGCCAAGUUUGAGAAGGAAUAUUGUGCACGACUUGUCGAUAUUUAUUUGCCUACAAUAGCGCAAAUCCUUAAAAGGAACCCUAAUAUAACGCCCAACCAAAUUUGCUCGAUGAUAUUUUCACCGAUAAAGUGUUCUGAGCAUUACCGUGAUGAGUUGAAAUCAAAGCAAAUAACUCUUAGCCCUCGUCAUGGCAAGCUUCCAGUUGGGCAGAAUCCCGUAACUUCAUCUCCAGUUAAAAUUCUUCACAUCACCGACAUUCAUUAUGAUCCCAAAUACAAGCAUGGUGUCAAAUAUCUUAAAAUAACAAUAUAGUUCACUCUCGAAUUUCCCAUAUAUUCCCGUGAAGACAGACAGCAAAUAUAUUAAAUACCAAUAUAGUUCACUUACGUGAAAUUAUGAAGACAAAUUGAAAAUGACAGAAGCGUUAGUCACCUUUUCGACCGCUAGGUGCGCCACUUCUGAUUUUGUUCUACACGACAUGCGAAAUAGAGUAACUUUUGACAAUAAUAUUACCCUAAUGGGUACACUGAAAAAAAUUCACAUUUUAUUGUGAAGUGGACUCGGCCGAAUAUUUUAUAACAAUAAAGUUCGCCUAUGCAUAAGGCAAUCCAUGGGUGGUGUUCCACGGUUUGUACGUUUGUCGACCUCCGACAAUAUUUUGAGUUGUAAAAUGGCGACUUCCGGUGACUGGGAAACUGCCGAAAAUGACCAAAUACCACCUAAUAUGGGUGUUUUUUUAACCAGAAUGACGCUCAGAGGCCAGAAAUUGUCUCGAAAUGCCAGUUUGAAAUCCAAGAUGGCGACUUCCGGUUUUUGAAAAAUCAGACAAAAUUUUGAAUUGUAAGAUGGCGACUUCCAGUGAUUGGAAAAAGAGGAAAACGACCAAAUACCACCAAUAUGGAUGUUUCUUUAACUAGAAUGACGCUCAGAGGCCAGAAAUUGUCUCUGAAUACCAUUUUGAAAUCCAAGAUGGCGACUUCCGGUUUCUGAGAAACAGCGAGAUAUGACCAAAUACCAUCCAAUAUGGGUAUUUCCGAAAUCGUGAUGAUGCACUGAAACCACAAAUCGACCUCAGACAACAUUUUGAGUAGUAAAAUGGCGACUUUUGGUGACUGGAAAACUGCCGAAAAUGACCCAAAAACAACCAAAUAUGGGUGUUUCUUUAACCAGAAUGAUGCUCAGAGGCCAGAAAUUGUCUCCAAAUGCCAUUUUGAAAUCCAAUAUGGCGA